AUAAAAGCAUAAAAUGAAUAUAAAAAUUAAAUGCACUUAUACCAAAUCCUUAGGGUAUUCAUGACUGCAUUCAGAAAUCAAAAGCAGCUUUGUUCUUAUAAAAUAUAUUCACUCUCUUGACCAAUUUCCGAUCAACUUCAGUUGUAUUUCUUAACCGACUAAUGUUGAAAAAUACUUCUUUAUUCAUAUAAAAUUCAUUUAGUGUUGUCAAUAGAAUGAUACCAAAUCCUAAGGGUAUUUGCAGCUGUAUUCUUAGGCAGUAUUAUCUGUUCUUAAUUUAUCUUAAUCUGCACUUUCUAGUCUUUCUAACAACCUUCUAUUCCAUUUCUAAACUGUAAACUUGCAAAGUUAGUGUUGGAAAAUAACUGCUUUACUCUCAUAAAAUCCCUUCAGUGUUGAUUUAAAGUCAGACAAUAGAACUUUUUGGGUCGUUGGCAUUGGAAAGCUUAGCGCAAUGCCAGAAAACAUUUAAACAAAAAAACAGCCCUAAUUACAUUUAAUUAAACAAACAACCAAUUCAAUUGUAGAACAAAGUUUCUUUUGGUAAGGUUUUUUUUUUUUGAGCCACAGGUAGUUCGAGAUUCAUUUCAAUUAUCCCUGGAGCACUUGAAAAGCUUUUUGUAGCCAGCUACCGCAAAGGACUCCAACCACGCCUAUUUAUCAAGACAUCCGAGCGAACGUGUGCAGCAGUCUCUUGUAGUUGUCAUAGAGAUCUCGACCACAGGGUUUAUGCACUGGUAAAAUUCUCGGCAGCCUGACAAGCAAAACAAAAAAUAACGAAUCAAGGGCAACAAUCCUCAAAGGACGACGCACCACAAGCCACACACCAGGAAUUGAGUUUUCGAUAGACACAAGCUCUCCUGAGUUGUAGUUCGAAGUCUGAGCUGAAUGGGCAUCAAUUAAUGCAGCAAACAAACGCUAAACUAAGCGAUAAAUACUUUAUGUGGCCAUAGGUUUAAAAUCAAAAAACACUACCUUAAAGCUGAAGACAAAGGCUUAAGAAAGGAUAUCAUGAAGGGGCACAUGUAUGUAACAUAAGUCGAUCUAAAGAGGGUUACGGGUGUGCAAGAGACGUUCAAUUCGUAAAACAGAUAUCGCGCUUUCGAUAAUUAUCGAAAACAUGUCUUUGUUUUCUGAGCAAAUCUCGCCCUCAGAUAAACCUUUAAAGAACACAUUUUUGAAAACUUGAAGAAACUUUUGUUUUUAGCCGAUUGUUCUAUAAAAAAAUAAAAUAUAUAUAAUAACUAUAACCAUCUCGACAAGCCAGCUUUAGUAAAAGUUUAGUUUACAUAACUAGCAAAAAUAUAUAUACGUUUUGUUAUAAGAAUCCAAUUUGCCUUACAUAUAACAUGAGAAAAUGCAUGUACUCCAUUUAAAGGGCACAAAUGGCAGCAACAACAAAACAACUCGACAAUCUGAACAAAAGUCUAUGGCUUUGGCAUUUCACGAUAGCCUUGAUAGCCACGUGUGUGUGUAUUUGAGUGUGUGUGUGUGUAUCUAAAGGGUGUGUGUGUGUGUUUGUCUGUGAAUGUGUGAUGGGUGUGUGGCUAUUUUCAUUUCAUCGAAGACUUAAUCCUUUCUCAACUGCCAACAGGCCAACUGGCAAUUGUUUCGUUUUGUUGUUUUUUGUUCAUUUGCAAGUGCCAGAGAUUGCUGGCGGGCAGAGGAAAGGGCAAAGGGUAGGGGCGCGUGGGUGCAUAUUUUUAUGAGCCACAUUCCCUUUACAGUGUGUGCCCAGUGCGAGAACAGAUAAAUGGCGGCCAGGCAAAUGGUCAGGCAAACAAAAUGAGACCAAAAGUGAGGCCAAUAAAAAGGCGAUAAAAUUGACGCCAAAUACAGAACGCAGAAACGAAGAGCUGAAGUGCGCCAAGUGUCUACAUAAAAGAGCAAUAGAUAGAGCUAUAUAUAUAUAUAUAUAUAUAUAUAUAUAAAUAAACGGCGCCUGGACAAACAUUGUUUAUUGCCACGUACAUCCGUGCGAGAGAUAGCGGAAUUCAAAUGCUGGGCUGAUUAAUGGGCCAGUGGCCAUUUAGCCAAAACGGUAUGCGCAUAAUUCACGUGAGUUCGAGCCCAAAUGGCCAGCGCCAGCGGCUGCUGCUGCUGUUGACCGCGUUGCUGGCGCUUGGCCUGGCUGCCGCCGGUAUGGAGUCGUCCGCCGAGCUACAGGCACUGCAGCUGCCAGACAGCGAGACACAGCAACGUGCCGCAUUCGGUGGCAAUGGGCCGAAAGUCAAGCGGCGACAGCGUCUCAAUUCGCACAGCAAUUUGCCGACCAUCACGGCGAACACGGCUUUGGCCGCCAAUCUGAGCAGCUGGCAGCAGCAGCGCUAUUUGAAGGUGAAUCAGGUGUUCGAGAGCGAACGUCGCAUGUCGCACGCUGAGAUCCAGCGCAAUCAUGGCAAAAUCGUGCUGCUCGGUCUGUUUGAGCUGUCCACCAAGCGCGGCCCGCGGCCGGACGGUCUAAGCGAACUGGGCGCGGCCACCAUGGCCGUGGAGCACAUCAACCGCAAGCAGUUGCUGCCCGGCUAUACCCUCGAGCUGGUCACCAACGAUACGCAGUGUGAUCCCGGCGUGGGCGUGGAUCGUUUCUUUCAUGCCAUCUAUACGCAGCCCUCGACACGCAUGAUGAUGCUGCUGGGCUCCGCCUGCUCGGAGGUAACCGAAAGCCUGGCCAAGGUGGUGCCCUACUGGAACAUUGUCCAGGUCUCCUUUGGCUCGACAUCGCCGGCGCUGAGCGACAGACGGGAAUUUCCCUACUUCUAUCGCACAGUUGCGCCGGACUCGUCGCACAAUCCGGCGCGGAUCGCGUUCAUCCGGCGCUUUGGCUGGGGCACGGUGACAACAUUCUCACAGAACGAGGAGGUGCACUCGCUAGCGGUCAACAAUCUGGUCACCGAACUGGAGGCAGCGAACAUCUCAUGCGCGGCAACAAUCACAUUUGCGGCCACCGAUUUCAAGGAGCAGCUGCUGCUCCUCAGGGAGACGGACACACGCAUCAUCAUUGGCAGCUUCUCACAGGAGCUGGCACCGCAGAUACUCUGCGAAGCCUACAGACUGCGAAUGUUUGGCGCCGACUAUGCCUGGAUAUUGCACGAGAGCAUGGGUGCACCCUGGUGGACCGAUCAGCAGACACCCUGCACAAAGCAUGAGCUGCAGCUGGCCGUCGAGAAUCUUAUUGUCGUCUCCACACACAACAGCAUUGUGGGCAACAAUGUCAGCUACAGCGGACUGAACAAUCACAUGUUCAACUCGCAGCUGCGUAAACAAUUUGCACAGUUUCACAACCAGGAGCCGGCGGCACCACAAGCGGAUCUGCGGUCGCGCCAGAGGCGUGGCACUGCCAGUCAUCAUCUACCGGAUGCGAUAUCGCGGUAUGCGCCCCAAACCUACGAUGCUGUGUGGGCCAUUGCGUUGGCCUUGCGCGCCGCCGAGACGCACUGGCGCCAGAAUGCGGCAAAGUCCAAGCUGGAUGGCUUCGAUUAUACGCGCAGCGACAUGGCCUGGGAGUUCCUGCAGCAGCUCGGAAAGCUUCACUUUCUGGGCGUAUCGGGUCCGGUCUCGUUUAGUGGUCCAGAUCGCGUGGGCACCACCGCCUUCUAUCAGAUACAACGCGGCCUGCUAGAGCCGGUAGCACUCUACUAUCCGGCCACGGAUGCCCUGGACUUUCGCUGUCCGCGCUGUCGACCGGUCAAGUGGCACAGCGGGCAGGUGCCCAUCGCCAAGCGGGUGUUUAAGCUGCGCGUGGCGACCAUCGCACCGCUGGCCUUCUAUACCAUCGCGACGUUGUCCAGCGUGGGCAUUGCGCUGGCCAUUGCGUUUCUCGCCUUCAAUCUGCACUUCCGCAAGCUCAAAGCAAUUAAACUUUCCAGCCCGAAGCUGAGCAACAUUACCGCUGUGGGUUGCAUCUUCGUUUAUGCCACCGUCAUACUGUUGGGGCUGGACCACUCAACGCUGCCCUCGGCGGUCGACUCCUUUGCCACGGUUUGCACGGCACGCGUGUAUCUGCUCUCGGCUGGUUUCUCAUUGGCAUUUGGUUCAAUGUUUGCGAAAACAUAUCGGGUGCACCGCAUCUUCACACGCACCGGCAGCGUGUUUAAGGAUAAAAUGCUGCAGGACAUUCAGCUAAUACUACUCGUGUGCGGCCUGUUGCUUGUCGAUGCCCUGCUCGUCACCUUGUGGGUCGUUGCCGAUCCCAUGGAAAGGCAUUUGCAUAAUUUGACACUCGAAAUCAGCGCCAUUGAUCGAAGCGUUGUCUACCAGCCGCAGGUUGAGGUUUGUCGCUCGCAGCACACCCAAACCUGGCUGGGCGUGCUGUAUGCCUAUAAAGGUCUGCUUCUGGUGGUGGGCGUGUACAUGGCCUGGGAGACGCGUCACGUGAAGAUAGCCGCCCUAAACGACUCCCAGUAUAUAGGCGUAUCGGUCUACAGUGUUGUCAUUACCAGUGCCAUUGUUGUCGUGCUGGCCAAUUUGAUAUCGGAGCGCGUAACGCUUGCUUUUCUCACGAUAACAGGGCUGAUUUUAAGCUCGACAACGGCGACACUUUGCCUGCUCUUCAUACCCAAGCUGCACGACAUUUGGGCACGCAACGAUAUCAUCGAUCCUGUGAUACACAGCAUGGGCCUCAAGAUGGAGUGUAAUACACGUCGCUUUGUCCUCGAUGAUCGCCGGGAGCUGCAGUAUCGCGUCGAGGUUCAGAAUCGCGUCUACAAGAAGGAAAUACAGGCGCUCGAUGCGGAAAUACGCAAGUUGGAACGCAUGCUGGAGUCCGGCCUGGGCACGGCUUCAACGAACACCUCCUCCUCCACAUCACUGCUAGCCGGACAUGGUCUUCUGAAGCCCGAGCUGACUGUGACCAGCGGCAUCUCACAGGCGACGACUGCAGCAGCGGCUGGGGCUGGGGCGGGGAAUGCCAAGUCGCGCACGCCCAGCAUUUCGGGCAUUCUGCCAAAUCUGUUGCUCUCCGUUUUGCCACCAGUAAUACCACGCGCCAGCUGGCCAUCGGCAGAGUAUAUGCAGAUACCGAUGAGACGUUCCGUGACCUUUGCCUCACAGCCGCAGCUGGAGGAGGCCUGCCUGCCGGCACAGGAUCUGUUCAAUCUCCGGUUGGCCCAUCAGCAGGCUACCGAGGCGAAAACUGGACUUAUCGAUCGUUUGCGUGGCAUCUUUUCACGCACCACAAGCAGCAACAAGGGCUCCACGGCCAGUCUGGCGGAUCAGAAGGGUCUGAAGGCAGCCUUUAAGUCGCACAUGGGCCUCUUCACACGGCUGAUACCCUCCUCGCAGACAGCCUCCUGCAAUGCCAUCUACAGCAAUGCGAAUCCUUUAGGAGUUGAGGGCAACAACAGCUUGGAAGCGGUUGAAAGUGGCGCCAACGGUGCACAUCUGCAGCCAAUACACCGUGGCUCGCUGACCAAGAGCGGCACACAUCUCGAUCAUUUGACCAAGGAUCCCAACUUUUUGCCCAUACCCACCAUUUGCGGUGAGCGCUUCGAUAUGCAGCAGCAGGAGCCGAAUGCGAGCGGCGGCAAGUACGUUAAGCUGCCCGAGACCAAGGUCAACUUUCAGUUGCCCAAUAGUCGGCGUCCCUCGCUGGCACAGCCGGCGCCCAGUUUGAGGGAGCGCGUCCGUGGCUCUCCGCGCUUUCCGCAUCGCAUUCUGCCGCCCACCUGCAGCCUGAGCGCUCUGGCCGAGUCCGAGGAUCGUGUCGGCUCGGAGGCAUCUACACUGGCGGGCAGCUGCAAGUCAAUACCGCGCAUAUCGCUGCAGCAGGCGACCAGCGGCGGCACCUGGAAGUCCAUGGAGACGGCGGCCAAGUCGCGACUCUCGCUGGACUCGCAGGAGGAGCAACCGAUGCCGAUGCCGCCGAUGCCAGCGGCAGCAACAAACGGUCUUGAUUAAUAUUGUAAGUUCAAACAAACACACACACACACACACACGCCCACCCAACAUUUUCCGCCCAAAUCCUUGUCAAUUAGAUGUGAACACCAAGCAAUUAUUUUCAAACACGCGCCCGCCACGUCCUCCUCCAGCCAGGGAAAAGAGCGCGCGCGUGUGCAACUGACCAAUCAUCGGCUUAAAGCAAUCAAACGCAUUAGGAUAAGUUACGAUACGCGUAAUCCUUCUACAAGUAGCUAGUCACGAGUUUCCUACUUGAAUACCCCUUCUCUCCCCUCCACCAGGCUCUUCCUAAAACCCAUAAUGUGAUUCGACCUAAGCUCAUUCUAGAAUUUUUGCUCUUCAUAGGCUAAGUAGAGGACUUUGCUGCAUUAGUUGCACAAAACGUUAGUAAACACCACUUCCACUUCCAUUACCACUUCCGUUUCCGUCUCUGUUUUAGCAUAAGUUUGAUGUUCCCUUGUGCCAAAGAGUAAUAAAGUUUUCGUCUAUGAGGUGGUUGUGCCCAUCUACGGUAUCCCAUAAGCAAUACUAUAAUAUAUAGGCUAAGUCCAAAAACAAUCUAUGAUUAAUUAGCAGACGGUGCUCGAACCGCCCACUUUUAAGCAAAAACCGACACCUUACGAUGCGUCUCACCAAAAAAAAAA